CGAGUCCCAGAACAGUGGUUAGAAGUAGAACCAGUCGUUAUUGGAAUUCUGUACCGAGUUGGGUUGCAGGUUCUUGAACAACUAAAUUUGGAGAAUGGUAUUGCCACCUUUUCACUAUCAGCAGAAUGACCAUGAACAGAGUAUCAUUUUGGAAAAACCACAUUUGCUAUGAUAUUUUAUCUUCUCUCUUUUUGCUUGCUCAUUACUUUAGAUUUAAAGUUUGAAACUCAAAAGUGAAUUGAAUGCCUUAAAACUCCUCUUACAUUGCUUCCCCUCUUCUUUGUUCAGUUAGAACACAUCAAAGAACAAAAUUAGUUGCGUUAUCUUCAAGGCACCCCUCAUAGCUUCUCAAGGAGUUACUAGCUUCUACAUAUGAAUAUUGCUUAAGAAUUUUCCUCAGAGGCAGUGCCCUGCCGCUUCCCUCUCUCGGUCGAAAAAUAGUAAUUUUCUGGUCAAGGAUGUCAGUUAAUAAGGUUCCAGAUAUAGCUUGGGACCAUUGCACUCUUCUUGGUGGAAAGAAUCGUAAGGUCAAGUGCAACUAUUGCGGCAAAGGGGUGACUGGUACUAAUCGUCUCAAGUAUCACCUCGCAUGUAUACGUGGAGAUGUGAUGCCUUGUGAAAGAGUUCCUUUACAAGUGAAAACACUGAUGGAAACUUCUAUACUUGAAAGGUUGAGACAAAGAUUGACCAGUGAGAUUGGGCCGGAAGACCAAAAUUUUCCAUGGAGCAGGGAUUUACGCAAGUUAUACGAUAAACUUCAAUCAAAGUCUGAGGAAUCCAAAGCCACUAAAUCAACUACUAACAAGAAGGGGAAGGUAGACAUAGAGAAUAAACUCAAGAGGAAGAUGGAAAUUUUUAAUCCUGUUUCUCUCGCUCUACAAGGUUCGGAUGACAAAUGGAGGCAUGCUUGUAGGUCCAUUGGUAGAUUUUUCUUUGAGUCCGGUGUUGAAAUAAGUGCUUCUGAGUCUCCUGCCUUCCAGAGCAUGAUAGAUGCCAUAAUUAGCUGUGGUUUUGGAUUCAAGAGCCCAAGCGCCAGCGAAUUAAGAGGUUGGAUCCUAAAGGAAGAAGUGAGAGAAGUUAAUGAGCGUUUGAAAGAGGUGAGAUGUUCAUGGGCAACGACAGGGUGUAGUGUAUUAUGCGAUACUUGGACCGAUGAAGAGGGACGAACUUUCCUAAACUUUGUUGUUGACUGCCCCAAAGGUGCCAUAUAUCUCAAAUCUAUUGAUGCAUCAGAGUUCAUUGAAGACUCAAACAGUUUAUGUAAUUUAAUUGAGAGAGUCAUUGAGGAGGUUGGAAUUGAAAAUGUGGUACAAGUAGUCGCUAAUAGUGAAUUUGUCCAUAUGAAGGACGCGGGCCGAAAAUUGUUGGAGAAAUAUACGGGUAUCUUUUGGAGCCAAUGUUCAGCACAUUGCAUGAGUCUCAUGUUAGAGGAGAUAGGUAAAAUGAAUGAUGUGAAGGUGCUAUUGGAUGACGCAAAGUCAAUAACAAGGUUUAUUUAUAACAAAGCUCAAGUUUUGAAAAUGACAAGAUUGCAUACGAAAGGGCGGGAAUUGGUUCAACCUGCCAAAACAGGGAUUGUUGGUUGCUUUCUUACGUUGCAAAGUAUUGUCUCCGAGAAAGAGAACCUAAGGAACAUGUUUAAUUCAUCUACAUGGAAGACAUCUAUUUGGGCAUCUCGAACUGAGGGAAUUGAAAUAGCAAAUUUGAUUUGGGAUCUCAAAUUCUGGGAAAGAGCAGAACUGGUUUUAAAGGCUACAGUUCCACUUAUUCAAGUUUUGAACUCGUUAGAUGAUAAACCUUCGAUGGGCUACAUUUAUGAGGCCAUGGAUCAGGCAAAAGAGACUAUGAGAAGGAAUUUUGGAAAUGAUGAAGUGCAAUACCUACCAUUUUGGAAACUUGUAGAUGACAUAUGGAACAAGAAGCUCCAUAGCCCUCUUCAUGCAGCUGGUUAUGUCCUAAACCCGAUAUACUUCUAUUCAGUGGAUUUCUUUAGUGAUGCAGAAGUUUCCAGUGGUCUCAUUGAAUGCAUCGAUCAGAUGAUUAUGGAUCUUCACUUACAAGACAUGGUACUCCAACAGCUUGAGGAAUACAAAGCAGCCAAGGAUGGCUUUGCAGAGGGGAUGGUUAUUAGUCAGAGGAAUGAGUGUCUCCCAGCUGAGUGGUGGUCAUCAUGCGGGGGGCACUGCCCAAACUUGCAAAGAGUUGCAAUUCGUAUACUGAGCCAAACUUGUACAACCUCUAAAUGCAAGCUUGACUGGAGUUUGAUGAGGCAAUUGCAUUCAGGGAAAAGGAACAGAAUAGAACAACAAAGGUUGGCUGACCUGGUCUCUGUUCACUAUAAUCUCCAAUUGAAUAAUAUCAAAUCACCUCUGAGAAGCUACAGACCCACUACAGAAAUGGAGUUAAACCAAAUGAGUGAUUGGCUUGUUGGAUUUCAAGACCAUGGUGAAACUUCAAAUUGGAUGGAUUUGGAGUUUGAGGAAACUGAGGUUGCUGACAAGGCUUGUGACCAAGGGCUUCCGAUCUUUCAACCCAAGGAAGAAUUGGACUUAGAAGAUUAUAAAAACCAGGGGGUGAGCUAGCAAAAGUAUUGACUGGGAACUAACAGAAAACAGGAAGAUCUGCAUUCUAUCUAUGUAAUUACAAUACCCCCCCCCCCCCCCCAAAAAAAAGAAAAAUCUGAACCCGGAUGUACAUUUAGUCUAUGUCCAUUCUUUGUUGCCUUCAUGGCCAAGUCUUGCUGGCUACCAAGAUUUUAUUUGUUAGGUUUCUUAUAUAAUCCGUGAAGACUCGGACUCCACUGAGCCGAGUGCCAGACUUUGGCUCCGGACCCUGGCCGGUCCUGAUCCAAGUGGCUUAAAACACUAAUCCAAAGUAAUCAACCUAAGCAAUUGACUCUCUCUCUCUCUCCACUAUAUUUUCUGCCUAUCUUGCUGUAUAUUCAAAAUUGUAUUGCACUAGAAAAUGAAGAAAGAAUUGUGGUGUGGGGUUCAUGAUUCUACUAAGGCGGAACCAAGGCCUGUUCUGCAA